AUGAAGGGUAUUGUAUACAAUGCAACCAAGGUUCACAGCUAUAUUGAAGUACCAGUAACAGCUUUCGUCUCCAGAGCUAUAUCGCCAUCAUUCACCACAUCACAUCCAGAUGUUCUUCAUCCUGUCCAUGUUAUGGCAAGAAUAUCCUCAUUUGUAACCACUUCCAUUGAUGAAAAGUUUGAAAACAACUGA